GUGUAAAAGGAAAACGCUUUUACUUAUUUAGAAUGUAUGGGAAGGAUGAUAGCUUAAAAAUGUCGAGUGAAACGGAAAAAAGUAGUAAAAAUUACAAUUUAAGACUUAUUGACACGCUUUACAGUCAAGUCCCGGCCUUUACUGAUGUGUUUGACGAAGAAACUUGGUAUGUUUUCGUUAUUUGUUUCGUAACGGGUACCCUUGUCGUGGCAUUUAUUUUAUCGAGAUUUAUAACUAUAAAAGCUAUUGAUUAAGAUAUUAUACAUAACGAAUUCAGUUCGCAAGAUAUACUCUCUCGUCUCGUACACUUCUCUAUCAAACUACAUUUCUAUACACUUGUCAUUAAUUUUUUACUCAUCGCAAUUAUGUAAAUUUUUCGAUAUAAAAUCUCACACAAAUGAGUGAUAAAAUUCUAUGCUAAUCACUAUUGUAAGAAAAAAUUAUUCGACUUCGUAAAAAAAUGUAAUGUCACAAAUCAUUUGUGCUGAUAAUAAAAUGUUAUUUAAAAAAUA